GGAGGAGGAUGGUCCCCGCCGUGGGGCUGCAGCUGCUGAGCCCGCCCUGCCCCCCGCCGAUCCUUCUCUCUCAAAUCAUGCCAGAGAUGACUGAGAAAACUCCUCUGAAGAAGCCUCACCGAAAGAAAAACCGUGAGACACACAAUGCAGUGGAGAGGCACCGGAAGAAGAAGAUCAAUUCUGGAAUAAACAGAAUUGGUGAGCUAAUUCCAUGUUCACCAGCACUGAAACAGAGUAAGAUCAUGAUCCUCGAUCAAGCGUAUAAAUAUAUAAUGGAACUGAAGAGGCAAAACAACGAACUCCUGUUAAAUGGAGGGACCAGUGAGCAAGCAAAAGAAAUAAAAAAGCUCCGGACGCAGCUAGAUGAACUUCAGAAAGAAAAUGGGCGCUACAUAGCAUUGUUGAAAGCCAACGACAUUUGCCUUUAUGAUGAUCCUACCAUCCACUGGAAGGGGAAUCUUAAAAAUGCAAAAGUUUCUGUUGUUAUCCCCAGCAAUCAGAUGCAAAAAAAGAAAGGAAGCCUCAGCAGUGCAAAAGUCUCGGUUGUUAUUCCCAGUGAUCCGGUGCAGAAGAAUAUCAUUGUCUAUUCCAAUGGGAGUCAGCUGGGUGGAAACAACCAGGGGGCAUCUGUCCAAGGAAUAACCUUUAAUAUCAGUCAUAAUUUACCAAAGCAAACGGCUAAUGUUGUUCCCGUCCAGCGAACUUGCAACCUAGUCACUCCCGUAACCCUUUCUGGUAUCUACUCCACGGAAAUCAAGUCGGGAGUUGAGCCUUCAGUUCCGCCCCUGGCACCAGGUCUACCAAAUCUAGUGAAGAAAAUUCUUGCACCCUCUACCUCUGAGAAUGAGCAGAGCAUGCUUAUGGCCACCAGUGCUGCCAGCUCCCAGGAUGCAUUAGACCCAGCGGAGAUGUCACCUGAACUGCAGAGCUUGCCGCAAGGUGAAGAUGCCAUCCUCAAACCCCAAAACGGACAAGAGAGUUCGAGGUCACUCAAAGAAACCAGGGUGCCCAGUAUCAGCCUUACUUCAAGUGCUAAUGCAGAUGUACCCACGCAUGCUGAACUGAGAGUCAUGACCCCUGAAGAGGAUUCACAAAAUCGAUCCCAGGAAAGCUGUGGUGCUUCUGUAGUGGAUCCCACUUGUAUUCCUUCUGCAAGAUUGUCCACUGCUGAUGGCUUUCCAUCAGGAAGCAUCUUCAGAAGUCCAGAUGGGAGAAGUGGCAACGGAGCACCAGCAACAUCUACCACAGAAGUGGAGAAGUCUGUAACCAACCUCAACCCAUUGCCUGCUACCACUUUAGAGAAGUGGUCGUUUCCCAGCUCUUCGACUGCUGGCACCGCAGGCUCCAAAAAUGUUGUUAGCCUGGCACGCAUCACCUCAGCUGGAAACACCCAGACUACAUGGACUACUUUGCAACUCACAGGGAAUACUGUGCAGCCACUAAACCAUGCCCCCUCCAGCACAGUGGGAGCCCUGUCAAACGAGCCAGUGAAUGGUGCUGUAACUUCCAUUCCUAAUAGAUGUUUGACCACCACAAGCAGUUUAAACAAUCUUCCACCUGUGGAUGAACAGGUGGCCGAGCACAUUGUGGUCACUUUGCCUUCCUGCCCGUCCUUACCUCUGCAGCCACUAGUUGCUAAGACACAAGUUCUAGCCCAGCUGGCGGGCAGCCUUCUUCCCCUGAAUCCGGCCAUGCAGGUGAUUCAGAUGGCCCAGCCUGUAGGUUCGGCUGUCACUGCCUCACCUGCCAAUCAAAAUGUUAUCAUUCUUCAGCCUCCCAACACUAACCCUUGUCCGCCCGUGAUGAGAGCAGAAGUCCCCAACCAAACCAUUAGUCAACAGAUUGUCAUUAUACAAACCGCUAAUCAGAACCCUCUUCCCCUUUUUUCUGCCCCGCCGCCUCCCCUGCCGCCUGCCAGGGUGCCUGCGAACGGUGCCUCUGCUGCAGGAAGUGCCAGCCACUCAGCAGCAAAUGCCUCUGGCCCUCAUACCUUUGGUGGGAAACAUCUCGUCCACAUUUUACCCAGACCCUCCUCUUCCCCAUCUUCUAGCUCAACACAAAUGCUCUCAGUCGCAAUGCCUAACCAGCAGCUUCCACAGACAGUUUCUUUGAAUGGGCAGUUGUUUGCGCUGAAGCCUGUCAAGUCCUGCUCUGGAGCUUCGGAUCAAGCCCCUAUGCAAAUUAUCCAGCCGACCACCAGUGAGGAUCCAAAUACCAACGUUGCCCUCAACACAUUCGGCGCUUUAGCUAACCUCAAUCAAAGCAUAUCUCAGAUGGCCGGGCAAAGCUGCUUGCAGGUGCCCCUCGGUCAGCCUGCCAACCCAUCCAUUGCCAGCAGCCAGGCUGCACCAAGCAACUGUAUUCUGCUGGCACCGACCACCACCUCCUCCCCUUUGACACCCGAGAACCCUCUCUCGACCAGCGUUUCUCAUCCAGUGGAUGAACCCCCACAGAAAUCCUCGGUGGGAUCACUUUCUAGUUUGGGACCAAAGCGACCCAAUAAAAAACUAGGUUCUAAAAAAUGCCUAACGGCCAGCAGCAGCAGCACCGCCCACCGGACAAAUCCUUGCAACAAAGAUUCCAAGAAGCUCGAUAGCAGGACCGUAGAAGCCGCAGCGGAGGGUUCAGGCAGUAAUCUCUUGCUUGAAAAGACGCCAGUUAACACGGCAUCGCAAAGCUUAGAUCUGCCACAAGUCAGCAGCAGGGAAGUACCAAAUGAUGCAAAUUCUUCUGGAGCACAUCCCAAAGGCAGAGCUGAACAGGGUGUGGCAUCUGCUCCAGCACCUGAUCUGAAUGCGACUGCAGUGCCGAGGUCACCGUCUCCAGAAUCAAACUUAGCAGGGCAGUUUGCAGUGGUUUCUCCAGACUCCCAAGACACUAUUUCUCCAUCUCUUCAAUCAAGCAGACCUCAGACUAGUAACUCAGCAACCAAUUCUCAGUUGUUGGAGCCACCGAAAUGCGUUCCCACCAGCACCUCGACACCUUCUGACUUGCCAGCAACGAAGUCUCUGCCCUCUGGGAUGUCUGUAACAAACAACGGGGCAUCUGUUGAGGGCGUUCCCAGAGCAGAUGCUUCGGAAAACUGCAGGUCAGGGCAAGGUUGCACCAUUGCGAUUCAAGCUGCAGGUUUGCUAGAAAGGCAGGGUCUAACCAAGAUGCUCUCUGAACUCAGUAAAGAAGGAGAAGCUGUACAAAAGUCCUUCUCGGUCCAAGUUGCGCACUCUGAUUUCCCUGCCCAAAGUGCCAAACCAGUUACAGCCUCUGGUGAUGACUUGGUGGGGAAGCAAGAGGAGCUCUUGCUGAUGAACACUGAAGGGGAAAACCUUACACAGGCUCAUUCCUGCUCCUCUGAACCAGAGACAGUGAGUAGCUCUCUGAUGGCCAGCAGGCAAGCUGACUCGCCCAUGUCGACCAGCUCGGGCAGCAGCUGCGGCUUCUCAGUGGCCUCCAUGCUGCCAAACACAUGUCGGGAAAACAUUCUGAGCAGCACUUCAGUGAAUACGUGUAACAGUUGCACAUUUUCUGAGCAAACGGAUAUCGUUGCUCUAGCAGCGAGAGCCAUUUUUGACCAAGAGACCCUUGCAAAAGAUGCCGAGAGUGUUGCGCAGAGUGCCGCUCCCAAGGGCAAGGAUGUGACAUCUCUAGGAAGAGACCAGCCUUUCAAGUUGCAUGCAGUUAAAGACACUGCCCAGAUAGAAGCAGCACCAAGCAAUUUUGGUGCCCAGAAUUCAGUGCAAGUGAACAUUGAUAGGUCAGCUGAGAAACAGAGCUGUUCCGUGAGAGUGGAAAUGUCCAGCAUGGAUUUGCUGGCCCCCCAGUCUUCGAGUGCCUCGAGUUUGAGUGUCAAUAACCUUAUCCAUCAAAGCAGCAUCAUCCACCCGGCUGCAAGCUGCUCAGCUUUACCUUUGUCUUCAGAUCAAGCUACCGUCCCUGCAGCAGGGACUCCUUCCAUGCCCGCCCCUUCAUAUAUGAACCAGUCCCCGGGACGGUCUCCGGCCCUUAUUUCAGAAUACACUCCAGAACAGCUACCUGCCCUUCGAGCCAGUGCCAUGCAGGCCCCUCCCCAGAUGCGUGAGCCACAUUUGAAGCCACCAGGCCAGGAGAGCCGCAAGGAUUCUGCCAAGCGGGCCGUUCAGGACGAUCACCUGCUUGCUGCGUCAAAGAGACAGAAGCAGUGCCCGGCAGUGCCUCUGCGGCUUGAAGGCAUGACCUUACUGGGCCAAGCAGCUGAUGACAUUGCUGACCAGACACAAAUCCUUGUCGGUCAGAUCCCCCCCAAUUCCUCCAAUUCAGCAGUGUCAGUAAGCAGUCAAGGGCAUACUGACGGUGGUCAUAGCAGGCUAUUUCCCACCGGCAAUUUUGUGACUCCAGCUAUGCAGCAAGCCGAAGUUCAGUGUAGUUCUCAGGCUUCAGUCUCAGACAAGCCGGCUCAGGCAGGACAGCAGCACUUGCCAUCGCUUCAGCAUGCCCCUGCCCAAGCAAUGGGUCAUCUUCAUAGCAACCACCCAUACCUAAAGCAGCAGCAGCAGCAGCAGCAGGCAGGGCAGUUAAGAGACAGGCAUCACUUGUACCAGCUGCAGCACCACAUCCCUCACCCAGAGACCCCUGUGCACUCUCGAGCCCACGGUGUCCACCAGCAAAGGGUGAUGCACCAAGAGGCACAAAUGCAAAAGAAAAGGAGCCUCGUCCAAGCAGCCCAGCCCACCCCACUUGCUUUGCAGCAGAAGCAUCACGGAAACGAACAAGCACGCCAGAAGAGCGGCCAGCCUCACCCUCACCACCCGCAGAUCCAGCAGAUGCAGCAACACUUUGCGUCAUCCCAGCCGGAAAAGAGCUGUGAAAAUCCAGCAGGGAGCAGAACCCACCACAGCCAUCCUCCGAGCCACCUGAACCAGGACGUUCUGCACCAGCAGCAGCCAGACAUAGGCAACAGGCAGCCAGGCUCGGGGGUGUCUUCAGAACACGCAGCAGGGCAUGGUCAGUUGCAGAGACUCAUGACUUCCAGGGCUUUGGAGCAGCAAAUGGUGUCCCAGUCCAGUAUUGUCACCAGGCCAUCAGAUAUGACUUGUGCUCCCCACAGGCAAGAACGAAACAGGGUUAGCAGUUACUCUGCAGAGGCAUUAAUUGGGAAGUCACCUUCUAAUUCAGAGCAGAGAAUAGGGCUGCCCAUUCAGAGCUCGAGGGUUCCAGACCAGCUUGAAAUGAGAAAUUACCUUGAUGUAUCCAGGAAUAAAGGGUUGGCCAUUCAUAACAUGCAAGGUCGUAUGUCUAUAGACCAUACUGUUGGGUCAGAUGUUCACAGACUUUCUGAGUGCCAGACAUUCAAGCCAGGUGGGACAAAUCAGCAGUCCAGUGGAAACUUUGAUGUGCAGUCCUCAAGAAACAGUGACACAGGUAACUCAAUGCCAUCACUCAGGGGUAUGCAGACUCAGGCUUUCCGAAUUGCUCAAAAUGCUGGAACAUCCAUAGAUAGACAAAAAAGGUUAUCCUAUCAGCCAGUUCAAGGGAUUUCAACGGGCAAUCCUAUCCCUUCCUCACGGGACAAUGACAGUACUUGCCACCAAGGCUUCAUGCAGAGUUUACUUACCCCUCAUCUUGGAGAUCAAUCCAGUGGAAGCCAAAGAUCCAUUUCAGAACAUCACAGGAAUCCACAGUGUGGUGCUUCUUCCAUCAUUGAAUAUAAUUGCCCUCCAGCAAGAGACAACAUUCAUAUUCGAAGAGAUGGUGAAGGUCAGAAUAGGGAAAGUUGUGACAUGUCUCUUGGUACUAUUAAUAACAGGAGCAAUUCAUUAAAUAUUCCUUUUUCGAGCUCUUCUUCUUCUGGAGAUAUUCAGGGUCGCAACAGUAGCCCCAGUGUUUCGAUUCAGAAAACAAACCCCAUGAGAAUGACAGAGAGUCAUGGAAGCAAAGGUCACAUGAACACACCUGUUUCCAGCAAUGUGCACGGAGUUGUUCGACCAGCUCUUCCCCACCCACCAGUCUCUCGUGGGAAUGCUGAGCAAGUCCCACCAUCAGUUCGCCAACCAAAUUCUUCUGUUACACAGCGAUCGAGGCAUCCACUGCAGGACAAUGGCGGUUCAAAAGUCCGUCAACCUGAAAGGAAUCGGACUGGAAAUCAGAGACUUGGGAAUUCAUUUGAUCCUAGUCUUCCCCAUCUUCCUUUGUCUGCCAGCGGCGGUAUGAUCCUUGGACGGCAACAGCCUACCCUGGAAAAAAGAGGCGGCAUUGUGCGAUUCAUGCCUGAUGGCCCUCAAGUAUCUAAUGAUAGUGCUGCUCCAGAUCAGCACACUUUGUCUCAAAAUUUUGGAUUCCCUUUUAUUCCAGAGGGUGGGAUGAAUCCCCCAAUAAAUGCCAAUGCGUCCUUCAUUCCACCAGUGACUCAGCCAAGCGCUACACGGACACCAGCUUUGAUUCCAGUAGAUCCUCAAAAUACUCUGCCAUCCUUUUAUCCCCCGUAUUCUCCUGCUCAUCCCACCCUGCCCAAUGACAUUUCAAUUCCUUAUUUCUCCAAUCAGAUGUUUCCUAAUCCUGGCACAGAGAAGCCCAAUGGCAGAGGUCUAAACAACCACUUUGGCUCCAUCUUAUCUCCUCCCAGACCGGUUGGCUUUGCUCAGCCGAGUUUCCCCCUUUUGACAGACAUGCCCCCAAUGCACAUGGCCAAUUCGUCGCACUUGUCCAACUUCAAUUUGACUUCUUUGUUCCCAGAGAUAGCUACAGCUCUUCCUCCGGAUGGUUCAGCCAUCUCACCCCUGCUCUCGAUAGCCAACACUUCUGCCUCUGAUUCUUCCAAGCAACCAUCAAACCGGCCUGCUCAUAAUAUAAGCCAUAUUUUGGGUCAUGACUGCAGCUCAGCUGUAUGAAAAGUAGUGGACUGGAAGCCAGACCGGUGGGUGGUUUCUUGAACAUUUUACGUACUUGUGUGUGUGCACAUACGUGCGUACAAAUAUGCAUGGAUUUGGGAUUGCCAUCCCUGAAGAGACCACUUUACAGCAUCACUGUUUAUUUGUGGGAAAUGUGUGUGUACAUAGGCGGGUGUUCCUAUAUUUCUACACACCCACAUUGCCAACUAAAAGCAUCAGUGCCUAUCUCCGUGCUUACAGGCCAGGGUGUGAAUGCAAUGCCUGUACCUGUCUUGACAGCAGACCCUAAUGGGAUAGUUCCAGAAUUGCUCCAAGUGCCAAGAUCAGUCCUGCGCAGAGUGGGCUCCAGGGAAACAAAUGCUUCAGAUUGCAUUUAUAACUCUUGGGAAAAGAGCUCCCCCCACCCCCCACCCCAAGAUACACAUCUUUAAAGACCUCAAGUACAUCGUGUCUUGGAACAAAGUUUUUGAGUCUUAUCUGUGUGGGAUCAUUUUGAUCUUUUGGGGUGGGGGUAUUAAAACUUAUCAUCAGUCAGAAGGUACAUUUCCGGUGUGCCUGCACCAAGUUGAAUUCCACACCUAGUUUCCAAGGAGAAUUGUAUGAGGGGAAAAUGUGUAUAUGAGAAUUAUUACUUCCCUUGUAAAACAUUUAUUUUAGAACUCUGUGUCAGAGGGCUCUUAAGCAUUAUAUUACCAUAACUUCUUGCUAACCAUCUAUAGAUAUUUUUAAAUGGCAAUUUAUUACACCUUGGUGGUGCUUCUCUUUCCUUUGCAUGGCACUCAUUCUGGCUUUCACUGGCUUGUAAGCUGUGAGCUUUCUCAGGGUAUCUUUUCUGUGUCUUGCUUGGCACCUUCUCAAGGUGGGAUCCUCCUCUUUCUUUUACGUCCUUGUAGAAAAUUUUCUCCAGCUCGGCUUUUCUCUUGCAAAGCAUUACCAAGCUAGGGAUGUUGUAAGGCCCCAUGGAAGGUCAAACCCAGACGGAUGCAGAGAGUGCUAACAGGAGCUUCUUGCGUUGCUCUUGGGAUGCGCACUUUCCCUCCAAGCCAGCACGAGGGUUUUAGCACUUAAUCUUGGUUGCAUGAGCUGAGGGAGGGGGCGUAUGUAAAAUGUCAGCUGGCAGUAAUUGGUUUAAAACCAAACUAAAAAAAAAGUUGAUGAUGCGGAAAAUAAAUACGCACUUGGGAUUUGUGAGAGGAAGUGGCUGUUCUUUGGAUUGUUCAAACCAAACAGCCCUCCUUCUGUUCACCAAAUACUCUUAACAGGUUGCUGGCUAAAGCCGUUUCCUUUGUGGGCUGACCAAUAGCCUCUCCUGUGCCCUUAGGAGGUACAAAUGGGCAGCCAGAACCUGUAUUCGUGUGCCAGUGGUCAUUUCCAUGGAUUCGCUCUCGUAGUGUGAGGGGUGGGCACUGGGUUCAGAAAGUGAGUAAACUAUGCUUAGUAAAUGGUGCAAAAAUCCAGUGUGGAUCUGACUUGGGUAGUGUUGAUUCAACAGUGAGAUAUCUUCAUCAGUUCCAGAUGCACUGAGUGCCUCCUGUUCCGGAAGAGAUUGUCAAAUGUCCUGGCUUUCUGUUGAGAAGCCCAUCUUGGGAGAGAAGGUCUUGUUGUGUGUUGGAUUAUACAAGCAUCUCCCAAGUGUGCUUCACCGCACCUGUGUUUGGCUCAUCCUUUGGUAUCCGGGCCUGAGAACUGCUGGAAUCCGAACUGCCACACACUGUCCAUUCUGUCCAUCAACAAUGAUGCAAUGAGCUUGGGAGUCAGUGCGAGGGGGUACCACAGGGCCACGUAGAGUGCAAAUGGCACAUGCAGCUGCAAGCAGUUCUCUUGGUCAGGGUUUAUGGCAAGCAUGCUGCAAAGCCCAUUGUUACGCAUUUCCAACCAGACUAAUUUAGAAAGAGUUCCUGGGUCACAAGGCCUUUUGGUUAUUUUAUUGCUCCCUGAUGGACAGCCAGGCAGUGUGAAAUAGGGAGGGAAAUACUGUGUGGUAACCAGAAUACACACAGAAAAACAAACCCACAGUAAUAAGGUCUACAGACCCAUACAAUAAUUAUGCAGUCACACAGAGGUAACAAAAUAAGCCACAAC